UGAUCAUUGUUAUUUACUGCAGUCAUGGCAUCAGAGCCGAUUGAAGUGGCAGCUGUAGGAAGACCUCUGUAUGCUGGUAUGCUGUAUGACUGCCGCAAAGAUGCCUUCAUUCCAGGUGUUACUCUGUGGGAUAAGAAGUCACUGAGUGAAGAUUUGGACAGUCGUCCACAGCCCAUGACGGAUUUGAAGUUCAGUAGCUCCGACUCUCUCUCUAGUAAGUCCAGUCUCCUGGAUGUAAGCGCUUCCCUGAAGGCCAGCUUCUUGGGAGGACUAGUGGAGGUGGGAGGAUCUGCCAAAUACCUGCGUGACACCAAAUCCUCAAACCAACAGUCCAGAGUUACAAUGUAUUACAAUGAAACCACCAGAUUCGACCAGCUCACCAUGUCCCAGCUGGGCUCAGCUCAGAUCACCCAUCCUGAGGUGUUUGACCAGAAAACUGCGACUCAUGUGGUCACGGCUGUACUGUACGGAGCUCAGGCCUUCAUGGUGUUUGAUCGGACAUUUUCAGAAGAAGAAAACAAGCAGAAGAUUGAGGGAGAACUGAAUAUCAUGGUCAAGAAGAUCCCUGGAUUUUAUAUUGAGGGAAAAGGAGCUAUAGAUAUGACAGAUGGUGAAAAGGAAAUGGCUGAGAGCAUCUCCUGCACAUUUCAUGGUGACUUCCGCCUUGAUCAGAACCCCAGCACUUUCAUGGAGGCCCUGGAGGUGUACAAGAAGCUCCCCACUAUCCUGAAGGAGAAUCCACAGAAUGCAGUUCCGAUAAAAGUCUGGCUCUAUCCUCUUUCUCUACUGGAUACAAAAGCAGCUCAGUUGGAGAGAGAAAUCACCACGCGUCUGGUUUCCAACACUGAAGAUAUAAUAGAGGGGCUGUUAGAGGCAGAGAGGACAUGCAACGAUCUCUCAAAUAAAACACUGGUUAAUGUUUUCAAAGACAUCAAAGAGAGGCUCAGUUCAUUUCAGGACUGUCUUAACAUUUACAAAAUGGUGUUCAUGAAAGCAGUGGCCAAGGUCUUGCCUGCUAUACGAGGAGGAGAGAUGGAGGAAAAGUCACUGGAAGACAUCCUGAAGAUCCACUACAGCUCCCCUUUUAAAGCUGACAUGCUUAACCAGUGGUUAGAUCAUGCAAAGUUUGAACUUGACCUCUUGAGUUCUCAAACCAAGAAGCUGGAGGGAAUCACAACUGAAGACUCAAACCAUCUCAACAUCCUCCUCUCUGAUCCUGAUAUUGAUGUUUUGGUGUGCUUGACCUUCACAUCUCUGAAGUAUGAAGACCAGUAUCUUUCAACCCUAAAGGAGUUUCUGAAAUCUGACGAGUUUAAAAAGCUAGAUGUGGGAAUGAAUCUGUGUUCUCGCACGUUAGCAUCAGAAGAGUGGUUUUACAAUCCUAAUGUCAUCUUAAAGAUGAGAGAGAACUUAUCUCUUUUCAGAAGUUUUUCAGAGGCUAACAAAGAUGAAAAGAGAUACCGAUUCAUUUUAUCUGCAAUUUCCGAUCCAUCCAGUCCAGGCUCCUCCAUCUAUCUGUAUGAAAAGGGGAAGCUGACAGACACACAGUUCCAGCCCGUGUCGAAGCCUCCCCCUCCAGAAGUGAAGGAUGUGAAGGAGCACAGUGUGUCCCUGAAACUGCAGAAGUCUCCGACUGGAGAAACUGUGCAGUACAGAGUGGAGUACCAGCAGGUGAAAGCAGAUUUUGGUGCUGAGGAACAGUGGCUUGUCAAAAACACACCUGAUGAAGACUUUACUCUGACUGGAUUGGAGUUUGAAAAGCAGUACUUGAUCCGUUACAGGAUAGUGGGUAAAGUGGGAGUGAGUGAAGCCAGUGACACUAUCAGUGCCAUAGACACUGUUCCCAGGACCAGGAACGACUUCCUACUAUAUUCCCAUCGGCUCACUCUGGAUCUGAACACUGUGCAUAAAUGGCUCCGUCUGUCUGAGGGGAACACAGUGAUUACUGGUAUUAACACAGAGCUUCAGCCGUAUCCUGAUCAUCCAGACAGAUUUGAUAGUGUGACUCAGGUGUUGUGUAGAGAGAGUGUGUGUGAUCGACGCUGUUACUGGGAGAUUGAGUGGAGUGGAGAAUGUGUGUGUAUAUCAGUGUCAUAUAAGAGCAUCAGCAGGAAGGGACCGGGUAUUGAGUGUGGGUUUGGAGCUAAUGAUCAGUCCUGGAGUUUGUUCUGCUCUACAUCCAGAUACUCAUUCAGACACAAUAACAUAGAGACUGAUCUCCCUGUAAAGCCCAUCAUUAGUAGAGUAGGAGUGUUUGUGGAUCACAGUGCAGGAACUCUGUCCUUCUACAGCGUCUCUGGAGACACAAUGAUCCUCAUCCACACAGUCCAGACCACAUUCACUCAACCACUCUAUCCUGGGUUUGGUGUUUCUAAUGGAUCAUCAGUGAAACUGUGUUGAAGAAUCAGAACAGAUUCUAGAGAGAUUCUACCCAUAAUGCUUUGAGCUCAUGAUAAAUCAGUGACUGUCACACACUGGCUUGACUAGAUGAUCCAAGAUAAUAGGUUUGAUGCAGAAAUACAAUGAACACUUAUAUUUAAUAAACACCAGCAGGAAAUGUUAAACAAGAAAACAAACAUAAGAUGACUGAGGGUUUAAAUACACCAGAUAAUAAGAGACUUAUGGCAGGGGAACGGGGAGAUGUUUAAGGUUAGAGAUAAGAAACUAUUAAGAAACAAUACUGAGUAUAUAUGAAACAUGUCAAAACUCCGGGAAACAACAAGCAUAUUGCUGAGAAAAAACAUUUAAACAAAUAAAAAGUAUAAAACUUUUUUUUUCUUCAGUAUACAUCAGAUUUUCAUGCUCCACUUUUAAGUUACAUGUCCACAACAUACAGAUCCCAACAUAAACACUGAUACAUCAUUUGUUAUUGAAGUAUCAACAACAUUCAGAAACAUAAAAGCACAGGCAUGACUGACAUGACGAGCGCUUACUUUAUAUGAUCACUAAAAAGAUGACCUUUUAUUUCAUUUUAUUGUUCCUUAAAAAAUCCAACAUUUUUAUAGCCCAUUUAAAGUGUUUAUUACAAACAAAUUAUUAAAUGAUAAAAAAAAAUGAAUAAAUGUAACUGAACAAACAUUUGAGUUGCAUUUACUGUCCUGUGAAAACAGCAGCUUCCCCAGAAACACUGACUGAUGGUGAGAAGUUGUCAUGGUUACAAACACAGUUACUAUGGAAAUGGAAAAACAGGAAGCAGGAACUAAACCACAGGAACUGAAAAACAGACACAACAAGACAAAGGAAAUUCAUAAUAAGAGUCCAUGAAGAUAGACAUACGGGUGAUCAUGACAGUGACAGUGAGAUAUUAUAUUAUUAUGAUACAGAGUCUCUUCAUUACAUUAACACUGUAUCAGUUAAUACUGUGUGUGUGUGUGUGUGUGUGUGUGUGAUAAAUCCUCAUAUAGAUCAGUGUGUGAUCAUGAUGAGUGACGGUGUGUAUAUGAGCUUUUCUCAAACUCUGUUUGUGUUGAUGGAAUCAGUUUUUAUUAUAAUGUCACUCAGUCAUUUAUAAUGUAUGUAGAAUUGAGAUUUGUUAAGCAUAUUUUAAUCCAGGUGUAUUUUAGGGGUUCAAGCACUGAAGCUGCUGCAUCAUUAUUGUGUUUGCAUUGUUUUAUCAAUUAUUGUUUUUUCUGUUUUAAACAUGUUUGGGUGUCAGAAACUGUACGUCAUAGAGGAAAUAAAUAAAAAACGGUCUAAACUGUUGGUCCAAUGUACUCAAACUCAUGACAAACGUCAUAAAACCCCUGAUCCAUCAAAGCAGUGUGAAGAUAUUAAA